GUGUUAAAGCGUAAUUUUUAUCCUCAACGUUCUGUGUGAAUAUUUAAAGUUCCACAGAAAAGAACCGAAUUAAUAUGGUUGUUGUUUUAAAGAUAUAUACAUUGUAACAUAGGCUGCCAAACAAGGAGCUUUAGUGGUUGCCGCCAUAGACUUUGGGACAACCUACUCUGGUUGGGCGUUUUCAUUCAAACAUGAAUACAAAAGGGAUCCGCUCAAAGUUUCUGCAAAACUAUGGAGUGGAGGCCAGCUAACUUCUCAAAAAGGUCCAACAUGUAUUCUGAUCAGACCAGACGGUGAAAGAGUUGAAGCGUUCGCGUUUGAGGCGGAAACUCGCUACAGCGAUUUGAGCGUGGACAAUGAACACAAGGAAUGGUACUACUUCCGAAGAUUCAAAAUGGUCGCUAUGGCAAAAGGCACGAAAUCAUCUGUGAAGUAACUGGCAAUUGGAACCGUGGGACUACGUUUCCGAAAACACGAUGGUUGGACUUCUUUUCUUAAUCUUAUCUCUAGCAAAAUGUGUUCUCUGUGAAUGGCCUACGUAUGCAGAAAACACAACGGAAGUACUGGACAAGCUGCUAACCAACUACCGGAAGGAGAUCCGACCGGGACUGGGCGGAAAACCACUUGUGAUAGAAACUGACAUGAUGAUUCGGAGCAUUGGUCAAAUUUCAGAAAGUAACAUGGACUAUUCCUUCCAAUGCUACUUCCGGCAGCGUUGGACAGACGAAAGACUGAAAUUCAAGAUUCAUAAUAUAACGGAGGUAACGUUGAAUAACCUCUUCCUGUCGCUCAUCUGGAAGCCCAACACGUACUUCCUGAACGGACAAAAGUCACAUCAGCACAAUAUCCCCAGACCGAACCUCUUCGUCCGAAUACGUAACGACGGAAGGGUAUAUUUGUCAAGAAGACUGACGGUGAAGGCAGCCUGUCCGAUGCGGCUGGGCCUCUAUCCCAUGGACAAGCCUGUGUGCCCUCUCGUGCUCGGAAGCUAUGGCUACACGAAGGACGACGUAUUGUACAUGUGGAAAUACGGCAACAACGUCUCCGUCGAGUUGAUGAGAGACGUACGUCUAGCCCAGUUUGACAUCAUUGACGUCACCACGAGUAAUAACACGGAGGCUACACCAUUCGGGGAAUUCUCCAUUUUGAAAGUGUACAUUUACUUUGAGCGCCGUAUUGGGUUCUUCAUCCUGCAGAUUUACCUCCCUUGUUCCAUGAUCACGUGCCUCUCCUGGGUCACGUUCUGGAUAAACAGGGAUGCCGCGCCUGCACGCGUUCUUCUAGGCGUCACCACGAUUCUUGCGACGGCCGGUAUAGGAAUGACGGUGCGGGAGGGCCUGCCGCGCGUCUCCUACGCGACCGCCCUCGAUACAUACCUGAAUGUCUGUAUCGUCUUCGAGAUGGCCGCCAUGAUCGAGUACGCUGCCGUCAACUACUUCACCAAGGUGCUGCCGCUAGAGGGCGGCGCGGACAGUGAUGAGGAGGCGGAGGCCGGGCCGCAGGUCGGAAAACACCCGGACACGGAAGAACAGGGCGUCCUGCAUCAAACUGAGAGCAAUGACAACGGUUCUACGGACAAACCAACGAUCAGCACACAGAGUGCGAAAACGUCCUUCAAACUGCGCACUACGGAUUCUUGUCGAAAGAAUAGGCGGCGGCGCAGGACCAGGUUCGGAGCGAUGUUACUGUAUUGUCUGACCGGAGACCUCAAGUAUAGGUCAGCUCUAAGAGGGAAAGGAAACGCGCAAGCCGGGAAUGCAGUUAGCGACAUCGACGUGUGGUGCAGAUACGUUUUCCCCGGAACGUUUUUGUUGUUUAACAUUUCUUAUUGGAUUUCUUAUCUGUUCAUAUUUUGAUAACCGUUCGCCCUUUAUAUAGUUUGAUGACUUAUUAUCAAGACAGCUAUGAAACGAUCUUCAAUACAGGCCUGUGCGUG